AUCUGCUUCUCAUCCGCCUCCUUGUUCCUACUUGGCAGACGAACUGGGCCAGAAUCAACGGAAUAGUCUACAAGAAAUAUUUCGAUACUCGUUGAUAGUGUCAGGCCCAUUCGUGAUAACUCCAUCCAACCUGAACUUCGCCCAAGAUGAUGCACCCUUCGAGACAGGCGUACGUGGAGGAGGCGGAGGAUACGGAUAUGGGCAUUGAUCUUGCCAACAUUCCCCUCGACCGCGAUUAUGAGAUUCCAUCCGGUGCAGCCGGUAUUCCGGCGGAGAGAGCAUCUGCGAUUCUAUCCCAGUUCGAACGAAAGCGAAGAGCAGCCGCCAUGGCAGUACCGACGGACGAUAAUCGAGUGCGCGCACGACUGCGAGAACUCGGCGAGCCCAUAACUCUAUUUGGAGAAGGCCCUGUGGACCGGAGAGAUCGACUGCGCGAGCUCCUGACCGACCUUGCGGAGAGACAAGAGGGAGCAGGAGGUGAUGUGGACAUGAUGGAAACGGAUGCGGAUGAGGAAGCUGAAGAGGAGGCUGAACAACAGGAAGAAUUCUAUACGGAGGGCACCGAAGAUCUGCUGGAGGCACGGAAGGCGAUUGCGCGCUUUUCUCUGCCCCGCGCAAAAGCGCGCGUGGCCAGACUGAGAGAGGAGUCAACUAUCCCAUUACGGACGCACAUCAAACAUCGAAAGGCGAUUAAGGAGAAGCUGAAUGGUUUCGAUCUCUACGGGUCUCAGAUUGCAGGUGACCGUCCUGUUAGCAUCUGCAGGUUUGCGCCAGAUGGCCAGACCAUUGCGACUGGAAAUUGGGGCGGAGGCAUCCGCUUGCUCACGGUGCCGAAUCUUGAGGAGAAGGCCAGUCUGAAGGCGCAUUCGGAUCGGGUGGGUGGCCUAUCUUGGGCCCCCGGUGCAACACUCCCAGAAUCCAACGUUUCCGAAUCAUCUGUCAACCUUGUUUCUGGCGGCGGCGAGGGUAAUGUGGCCCUCUGGUCUUUGGACCGGGAUACACCAUUAGCUACACUGUCCGGUCACUCUGGGCGUGUGUGUCGGACGGAGUUUCACCCAUCCGGAAAAUAUGUCGCAUCGGCUUCAUUCGACACCACCUGGCGAUUGUGGGACGUGGAAACGACUACGGAGCUCCAGUUGCAGGAGGGUCACUCGCGGGAAGUGUAUACAGUGGCAUUCAACAACGACGGUUCCCUCCUGGCUAGUGGUGGUCUCGAUAGUAUUGGACGUAUUUGGGAUCUUCGGACAGGGCGAACAGCCAUGAUCCUGGAGGGUCAUAUUCGAGAGAUCUUUGGUCUUGACUGGGGUGUUGAUGGAUACCGAGUUCUGUCUGGCUCCGGUGAUGGAUGGGUCAAGUGCUGGGAUUUGCGACAGGUACGGAACUCAGGUGGCAUUGGAGCGCAUAAGAGCGUUGUGUCGGAUUUGCGAUGGUACAAGGGCACCGAGUCGGCGGCUUCAUCAUAUCUGCCGUCAUCUGAAGGCCAGAACGGUGGGAUGGAUGUGGACAGCGCGACGAUGACUUCGAGCGAACAACCGACACCCGUGCAACCAAGAAAGUCAGGCACUUUCUUUGUGAGCAGUGGAUUCGACAAAAAUGUCAACGUCUUUAGUGCAGAUGACUGGUCGUUGGUCAAGACGCUGAGUGGACAUUCCGGUAAUGUUCUCAGUACAGAUAUCAGCAAUGAUGCACAGUGGAUUGCCAGCUGUGGACAUGAUCGGACUGUCAAGCUCUGGGGCAUCGAGUAGAUGUUUAGGGUGAAUUUUAUCAUCUUACAAUCGAUACCCAUGUCUUGCUUGGCCCUCUAUAUUGCUGGAGCUGCCUACCAGAUCGCAUCAUGAGAUAUAUACAACCACUAUCUUGUUGAUGUCACCGCACACUCUUGACUGAGCGAAAAUGAGCAUUCCAAGCCAUUGACGGCUCUUCGUCUAUGACCAGGCGAAGUGAUAGAAAAUACCUCCAUACCAUAACAAUCAUGUAAAGUAACUGAGAUAAUGGAACUACCAAGAAUGAGAACAUGCUUGAUGUCGGAAGCACCGAUUUUUGGUGCUCAGUUGAUAGAUACAGUUCGCUGAGAUUUAGUCAAUUACAAUGUCUAUUUAUUCCACCA